AUGACUGCUGCUCCCUAAAGAGAUAUUCUCAAAGACCUUUAUGCAGAAUAGGUAAACUUGAGAUUAAUAGGUAAAUAAAAAGAGGCCCUUGAGAUUUUAGAUAAAAUGAUUUCUCAGUAAUUAGGUUAGCAAUAUGAUUUAGUUAGAGAAAAAGCUCACUGCCUUUAUGAAAUGGGUGAGACUAGAGAAUAUUUAGAAUAAGCGAUAGCAUAAUACAAGCUUGCUGUUGAUUUAUAUCCUGCUUAUAAAGAUUUAACUUAAUAAUAGAAAAUAGAUUUGUCUAACACUUAUGCAGGUCAAGCAAGAGCUUAUUCCUAACUAGGGAAUUAAGAAGAAGCACUCAUUCUUCUAAGAAAAGCAAAAGAAGUUAGCUAAGAUAACAAAGACCGUAUAGCAAUUGAAAAAGCAUUAGUAUACUAUAAAUAGUAGAAGUUAGCAGAAGCGUAGGAUCUACUUUUAUAAGUGGCUUAGUCUCCAAAUUAAAAAAUAAAAUAGGAAGCUUACUACAGAUUAGGAUUUAUUUCAGAAAAUCCAAAGCAGUAGCUUGACUUCUAUUUGAAGGCAGAUCAGGAUGAUCAUGUUAUUCUUUUUAACAUUGGUAAUUGCUACAUGAGACUUUAUAAUUUUAGUGCAGCAAUUGAAAAAUAUACUUUUGCACUAUAGAUUAAGAGAGAUCCUAAGUAUGUUUAUAAUCUUGCAAAGUGCUUUGAAAUAAAUGGCCAAUACGAAGAAGCCAUCGAAACAUACAUGAAAGCACUAACUCCUGAAUGGUAUUCUAAAGUUGCAGACAUCAUUCAUAAUCUUCAUAACUUCGCUUAAGAUCCUGCAUUAAAAGAAAAGCAUGAAGCACAAAAAGCAUCUGAUAAGAACUGGCUAGUGGAAACAACCCCAGAAAAAGAAUUGAAGUCUCUAUUUAGUAUUGGAAAUUGCUUUUUGCAUAUGAAAUUAUAUGAGUAAGCACAAAAUUUAUACAAUGAAGUUCUUGGAGCUAGCAUUACCAUAAGUGAGAAGCCUUUAAUUCUAUUUAAUAAAGGAAUAUGCUUGUAUUAGAAUAAAAAGCUAGAAGAAGCCUAUAAGUGCUAUGAAUAAUCUCUUGAACUUAAUCCAAGUUUAAAAAGCAAUUAUUUCUAGAUGGGAAAUAUAAAAGUAGACUUAAAGGAAUAUGAAACCGCAAAGAAGCUAUUUUUAGCCAGUUUAAAACUAGAUGAUAAUGGUAGAUUAAUAGAAAGAGAGCAUAUUUAUAAUGCUAAAGUUAAAAGUAAUUUAGGUUUAUGCUGGUAAAAGCUCAAAAAUUCUGAAGAAGCUGAAAAAUGUUUGAAUGAAGCAUAUUAGCUAGACCCAUAAAACUACCAAAUAUUUUGUAAUUUAGGAGUUUUAAAAAUAAAAUAGCAUAAUGCAGAAGAAGCUGGUAGGUUGUUCAGAUAAGCUUUAGAAGUAUAAAAAGAAACUUAACUUCCUGAUAACUAGAGAUCUGAUAAUUUCAUUGCGAUAGGCUCGCUUAAUAGGAUUUCAGAUAUGAUGAAAAGAUUCCCUAGAACACUCAAUGAAGAUUCUAGAAAAAUGGUUAUGAGCAUUGUUAGUUCUGAUUAAACAGACUCAAAAUAAGAAAAAAAUGAUAGAGAUGUAUUAGAAAGAGUAUUAGAACUUAUUGAUGUAUCAAGAAAAGCUUAAAAAUCUGUAGAAGAAAUAAAAUAAAACUAAGAAAUCAUUUAAAAAAAUGUAAAUAAAUUAGAAUAGGAAAUAUCAAAGCUUCAAAAGCACCAACAAGAAAUGGAUAAAAACUACGAUGAUUUAAAAAAAUUGUUUUAAGAAUUCGAGAAAAAGGAAUAAUAGCCAAAGGAAGUUUAAGAAAGUGAAUAUGAUAAGCUAAAGAAAGAAGAAAUCAAUGAAAUUGCAGAAAUAUAUCAAGAUGAAUUCUUGACUGAAUAUUAUUAUGGUAUGAUUUAAGGAUUCGAAGAAGUUUAUGAUAUUGCUAAAUCAACAAAAUUAAAUGGAGUAUUUGAUAUUCAAUUAAAGAAAAGCACGGCAGUCAAUUUAGCCUCAUAAGCACUUAAAUUUCUUCCUUUUGUAGGAGGUUUUCUCUCAGAAAAAGUUAAAGAUUUCGAAUAGGUAUUUAAAGAAAGGUCAUUAGAAACAAAGGCAGCUAUUAUGUUUGAUUUCUUUCCUCAAGUACUGAUUUAUAAUGUAUUUUCUUCAUAUGUUUCUAGGAAAAUAACUUUAAAAAUGAAACCAAUUAAAGAAGAAUUUUUAAAAUCAUUACAUCCCGAGGAGUAGAAGAAACAAGGAAUUGUGGAUAAAUGCAAAGGUUUAUUUAAAUGGAUAUCUGACAAAGUUUCCUAAGUAAAACAAUCUAUUCUCACUUUUGCUACCUCAAUCCCUGAUUAUGAGUAAUCUGAAAUUAGGAUUCUAGCAAAAUCUGAAGUUUCUCAAGCAUUUAUAUAUUUUUUUAAGUUUACUAUGAAUGAAGCGAAGAAAAAGAACUAAAGAAAUAUGGUUUCAACCUUGAUUCAUCCUACUAAAAUAUCAACAUUUUUCAUAUUUAUUUUAGAGUAAACAAAUAAAAGAGGAGACUUUACAUAAAAAGACGAUUCUUAGGAAGAAACUAAAGAGGAAGAAGGGGUAGAAAAUAUUUAAUUAACAUUCUAGAAUUCUGAAGCCUACAAAGAUAUUUAGGCUAAGCUAUAAGCUCUAAUACCAAAUAAUAAGAAUUGA